CGCAGAAUGAUGACGCAUUUGUAGCCGUUCAUGAACGCCAUGGCGGCUCAUGCUAGCGAGCUAGAGAUUGCAAAGAAGAAUUUAACAGAUGCGAUAGGCGAUAACGUGAAGCACUACUGGGCAAAUCUGAAGCUAUGGUUCAAACAAAAAAUCAGCAAGGAAGAGUUUGAUAUUGAGGCACGUCGUCUGUUGGCACAAGAGAAUGUCCAUGUUCAUAAUGAUUUCCUCCUGGCCAUUCUCACACGAUGCCAGAUCAUUGUCUCCACACCAGAGGGCACUGGACCGCUACAGUGGCAAGGUAGCUGUGCUUCAAAGCCCGGCAAACCAAAAGGGAAGAAGAAAUGUUCCUCCAGACAAAAAUUUGAUCAUCGUUUCCAGCCUCAGAAUCCUCUGAGUGCUGCCCAGCCGUUCAGCCCACGGGAGGUGGGAGGUGAGGAGGAGGAGUUGCGUCUGAGCGCCCACACUAUGCUGCUGCCCACACGGGGCCAGCUGGAGGCUCGCAUGAUGGUGACUGCCUUUGAGCUGGGGUUGGAUAACAUCACAGACGAUGCCAUCGGCACCAUGAUCCACGCAGUAGAGCACCACCUGAAAGAUGUCCUGACUGCUGUGAUCACGCGGAGGAAGGCGUACCGACUACGAGAUGGUCAUUUCCCCUACGCAUUUGGCAGCGACGUCACACCUCAGCCUUAUCUGAAAAACAGCCUUGCUGCUUACCACAGUGUUACUGAAUGUCCCCCUCCAAGUGCUUCUCUCCCAGCCGGUCCACCACCUCAAGUGUCACCUGAUGAGGCUGAGCAACAAGCUGUGCACUUACUGGCUUGUUCUGCUGACGGUCUUCCUGCUCCCCUCCCUCCGAUCAGCAUGUUUGAUCUCCUCGAGGCUUUACAGGUUCACCAUGGAGUGAUGCCCUCCCACACCAUGUAUGCCCUCAACAUGGAGCGCAUCCUGUCUCGGCUCUGGCACCCGAGUCACGAAGAGCUGGAGCAGGACCACGUACACCGACAGCGGCUGGCUGCUAAAGAGGGCAUGUUGGUCAGCUGAGAACCACUGACACAAGACUGUAUGUGGACUGCAGACAAAACCAGGAACCAAAAACAAAGCACCAAUGGAAAAGAAAGACCUUGUGAGACUUGGUAAAUCACAUCUGUGUUGCACAGAAAGAUGGAGGAUGGCUGAAAGAUAAUUGUGCUGCGAUCACAGAUUGGGCAGAAGCUGGCAAGCUAUCACUGUGGCUGCUUUACUGUCGUCUGCUCUACCAGCCAUAUUAGUUGGCAGAAAACCAUUAUUUUGAAAAUCCUGUCCCUUCUGUUUAAUAUUGAGAGUUUAAUUUAGUAGAAAAAAAUAAAUUGUGAGCUUAAUUUUAGGAUAUACAAGAAGCUACGAGUACGUCCCACCAACAUUGCACGGUAUUUGAGUUUAGCCGUCUGUGUGUAAGAAGUUUUAAUACCCUUUAAAACUAUUUGAUCUUGUUGGUGUUAUCAGAUAUGAACCACAACUACAACACUGUAAGAAUACCAAACAGCUUAUAUCUACCUGUGCAGCAGUGGGUACAUGAAUAGGUCACAUCAGACUGCAGUAUGUAAAAGAUAACAGAUAUUUAAACAGUCACACUUUACAUGAAGGAGUUUUCAUUAUAGCUGACUGGAUCUCAUGUCGGGUGAAGUCGGGGGAUGUGACUGAACAAAAAAUCUAAACGCAGCAUGCAAAUGGCCGCCUAUUCUGACUCAGAGAUGGGGUUACAUUUAGCCAGGUGUGCACAAAAGGUUAUUGAGCUGCUCAUCUGGUGACAAAUUCUCAUUCCUAGAUUUCAUUCAUAUCUUUUUCAGGCGUGGCUUUAAAGCACUGUGAUCAGAUAGUGACCCGUACACAGACACGUGUUUGACCAGUGACUAUAAGAGGCCUUAAAAUGGAGCUUGAAUAAAUUGUUUCAGACAGCAUGGUGUAACAGACACUGUGACUUGCACAAAUAUAUUCAUUAGCAACAUUUUGGUGGGAUCCCUUCAUCAAAUGGGACCGUUGGCCGAUAAAGGUCUAGCCCAGAAACAUUGGUAAUAAAUGUCAUUUUGCAAGCUAGACGUUGGCAAAGAGUCUAUCAGAAACUUUUCUCCAUACGCACCUGAUUCAAGAAAUAGAUUUACAAAGAGUUGCUUUGUCUUAAAUCACAAUUGACAGUCUGCCACACCAUGAUCCUGUCGUCUGUAAUGUCUGUCAACUUCACCCAGUCAUUCAGGAAAACUGGGAUGACAUUCCACAAGCAGCAUUGACAACCUUUUUAACUGUGUUUCACUUUUGAUUCACCUGUUAUCAUUUCCAACAGAGUCAUAUUUGGUUGUUUCAUGAUGUCUAUCCUAUUGUAGAGAUGCCUUGUGUUGGAGCAAGUGCUUUUUCCCUCUAUGUUAAAAAGAAUGAAGUGAAUUUCAUGCCAUAUUACAGGUUGCGUUUACGUUUUUGCUCUGUAUAAAUCGCAUACCGUCUUAGCAGGUGCAACUGGGAGGUCGAGGUCGGUCGAGCUCUAUCUGCCGCACGGAACUGAAAAGAGCUCAGUAAGUGAAAACACCUGCGUUGGUUUACAGUUGGGUGUGUAGGAUGUUUAAAAUGUGCCGGACAGCUGCCUUCCUCCUGACCAUAUGUUGAAAUUAUCUCAUAGUUGUUCCUAAAACAUUUUACUGGUUUCUGGUGUCAGUGCUGGUGGUCCACAGGGUCUGUACACUCAAGCACCUGUCCAUCUGUUUAGGUUAACUGUAUAUACAUUUCUACUUUUUUCUACAAUGUUUUUUUUAUUUAUAUUGCAAAGAUUAGCUCAGAAAAUAAAUAAAAAAAAUGCAUCUUUUAGAAUAAAUUGUAAUCACUC